UCACCUAAACCCGGAAAACAUUCGGAAGCGAAUCAGUACGUGGCCUUAUUUUCUCGGACCAGAAAAAGUGGCUUUGCUUCAUUCAUAAUGGAACUCGAGACGAUGACCAGAUACACCAGCCCGGUAAACCCGGCUGUGUUUCCCCAUCUAACAGUGGUCUUGCUGGCCAUCGGCAUGUUCUUCACCGCCUGGUUUUUUGUCUAUGAGGUUACUUCAACCAAAUACACCAGAGACAUCUACAAGGAGCUGCUCAUCUCUUUGGUGGCUUCACUUUUUAUGGGCUUCGGUGUGCUCUUCUUGCUACUCUGGGUUGGCAUCUACGUAUGAAGGUGCCUGAUUAAAAUUUGAGGACUAAUUCCAGUGAGACUGAUAACAACACAAACCCAGGAAGUGGAUUUUUCAGUUGGAUUGAACUGCACUGACAAUUUAAAUUGUUUUCAAAUAAAUGUGGGAUUUAUACAUCUUC